CAAUCACUGCGUGGAGGGGUUGUUUCGAAUUCAGACCCUUCCGCUUUUAAUUCGAACAUAUUUGAUCCAAAAUGUCUCAACAUUCUCAAGGAACGACUUGGAAAGAUGUAUAAUAAAGAAGUGGAGUUUCAAUUAGUUCGACAACAUUAUCCUUUUCUCAAUGCCAAAAUUUUAGCUCAGUAUAUAGCUUCAAAUACUUCACGUUAUAGAAUUAGACAGAUUCGUCGCACAUUAUUUAAAAAGAUUCCAUUGAUCGGUCGUAGCAUAGGAGAAACCAAGAAAGUUAGCAAAGGCAACUUGCUAAAUGAUCUCAAUGCAGCUUCGCCCACGAAAUGGAUUCAAUUAUCGCGUAUUGGAAAUCGAUUCUUGCCUAUUCAUUUAUCAGGACUUAGAAUGAGAAUUUCUGGUAGGAUGAGCCACAGGAAGGGAGCGGCUAGAACUAACGUGGCCACUAGCUCCUUGGGAAGAUUUAGGUUUAACACAAUGAAAAAUACCAUGAUAGACUUUGCGAAGGUGGAAAGAAAAAAUCAAAAUGGUGCAUAUUGUGUUAAAGUUUGGCUUACUUCUUCUGUGGUCUGA